GGCAAAUUAGGGCAGACAAGAGCGAUGAUUGAUGCCGUGCUCGUGAUGAACACGCAGGGGAAGCCGCGGCUCGCCAAGUUUUACAAAUCGCUGAGUCCAGUGAAGCAGCAAGAGAUUGUGAGGAAGGUCUACUCUGGUUUGUCUAGCAGAGCGGAGCAUUUUUGUAACUUUGUCGAGGCGGAUGAGAUCUUUGGAGCUAGGACGAAGCUAGUUUACAAGCAUUUCGCGACGCUCUAUUUCGUGUUUGUGAUCGAUAGUGGAGAGAGCGAGCUGGGAAUUCUCGAUCUUAUACAAGUUUUUGUGGAGACUUUGGAUAGCAUCUUUAAGAACGUCUGUGAACUCGACAUUGUAUUUAACUUCAACAAGGUAAACACUGUUCUUGAUGAAAUAGUGAUGGGAGGCCAAGUUGUGGAGACUAACUCCACGGAGAUUGUCAAAUCUGUCCAAGAAAUUUUUAAGCUAGAGCGAGGAUGAAAAAAGAAAAACCGAAUUUUUUGUAUUUUUUUUAUUGGAACUCACUCUCACUCACAAAAUUGUUCUAGAAGCCGCAUUGGAAACAAAGAUGGAAAACUCGCUCGAUCUCUCUCGAGCUGGAAGAAGUUACGCGAGAAACAAUCUGGAAGACGACUGGAAGUAUGGAACGAUGAUCGGUGCUGAGGGUGCUGCUGGGAAUGCUGGUGUCGAUGGCUUGUUCUUCGCCUGGAGAUCAUGGCUGUGAUCUCCCUUGUUCAUCUUCUUCCCCUCCUGGAUCAGAGCCUUGAGAUCACAGUCGUGAUCCUUCUUCUUGGCGAUCGAGAAGGAAUAGCAGCCGCAGAGAACCAUCUUGUUGUCGUCGUUGCUGUCGCUGGGAAGAACUUCUGGAGCACCCAUUGACGCUCUCGAAAAGCUGGAGGCUGGAGGACGAAGAGAGGUUUACGAGCCUUGAUUUAUAUACUGGAAAAACACCGCCUCCCAUUUUAUGUUAAGCCAGCCGCAAAAAGCUUUAAACCAAGCACAUUCUUUCAGCC